GUGAUUAGUACUGUGAAGGGUUCGACCAUCGAUUCCAGCUUCACAGUGUCUCGACCUAACCAAAUGCAAUCAUCGAGCAGUGACACAGAGCAAACUCAUCUGGAUAAUUCUGGGACCAAACAUGAAGAAAAAAUAAAGAGCAUUAUAGGUUUUCUGAAUAACGUGGGAGGUGAGCCCGUAGAAAGUUUGAUCAUUGUCGACAUGAUUCAGCGGCUAGGAAUCAAACCCCUAUUCCAAGAACAGAUAAAAGCUAUUCUACGGUGGCAAUACACACAUUUUACCUCUCUGAAUCAUGGCAAAGAUAAUGUCUAUGAGAUUGCUCUCCGGUUUCGACUUCUUCGGCAAGAAGGUUAUGAUGUGCCUGCAGAUGUGUUUGAAUACUUCAAGGAUAAGGGAAAAGGUUUUAUUAUGAAAGUGGAAGGAAAUGUCAAGGGAAGGAUGGAAUUAUACGAAGCAUCACAAAUGAGCAUAGAAGGAGAGGAUAUACUCGAUGAAGCCAAAUGCUUUAGCAGCAAGUGUCUCAACGAAUUGUUGACAUGUGAUCUUGAUCCCGAACAAGUGAGAAUGAUAGAAAGUACAUUGUGA